UCGGAGGCUGAUAGAUAGCCUUCAAAACGAGUUUACUGAGCUCAAAUUACGAGAAGCAGUGUGAGUGCGUGCGUUUACCGACACCCCAAAAUUUUGAGUGAUUCACGCCUCUACUUAGCAUCAUCACAGCCGAUUCGAUUCAUUAGAAGCAGCCGAUGCAAGGUCCCCCAUGGGCAGUAGAUUAUUCCGCGGCUCAGUCGAUUGCAGUUAACUGUUUGUGCCGGACUUGAAUUCUAGAUAAUUGGGUCGCAGGCGGGUGUUAGAUACAGAUUCGCGGUCGUGAGUGUCGACGCAAAGAACUAUUGAAUAUGUCACUAAACUUUACCGAGCACAAGGUCCCGUACAUCGACCUGGGCGAUGGCUACCAGAUUUGCCUUCAGGAUCGUUGUUGUGCUCACGGCCCAGAGAUCGAAAGGCAAGCGCGACAGAAAAUUAACGAAACGCCGGAAAAUGUGGAACGCGGGAUGAAGGAAAUGCAUCGGUUGGUUGCAGCUGAUCCGGCGCUUUACGUGCCUACCGAGUUAGAAUGGUACUUGAAAGUUUAUUUGCGUGCCUCAAAGUUUGACGCCAAAGAGGCGUUUAGCACCGUUCAGUCCAAUGCAAAACUGAAGAUGAAGAAUCCGGAAUACUUUGUAACCCCGGUUGACGUGCGUCAUGUGUAUGAAGAAGAGUUAAUUUGGGUUUUGCCGGAACGGAAUCACGAUGGGGCUGUUGUUGUAGUGAUUGAGUCUGGAAAACGCUGGAAAACCUCCAAAGUAUCGCUCGUUGAGCUGAACGCCGCGGUCAAUGCAGUGAUCGCCGUACUCGCCCACAGCGAGGAAGCUCAACUGCACGGUUGCAUUCUUCUGUUCGAUAUGGAGGGUCUGUCGAUGUCGCACAUCAUGCAGUUUACGCCCAAAGCGACCGGAAUCAUGCUGACGCUGAUCGAAAAGUGCUCCCCAGUUCGAGUGCUCACGACGCAAACCAUCAACACCAGUGCGGUCUACAACUUCCUGUUUGCGAUCAUCAAGCCUCUCCAGUCGAAACGGAUGCGCGAAAUAAGUAUCCUACAUGGCCGCGAUUUGACCAAUCUCAGCAAGUACAUUAGUCCGGAGAUACUGCCACCGCGUUUCGGAGGCACCUCGAAAGCACCUCACUGCGAUGGACGACUGUUUGCCGAGUUAAUGAUGCAGUACGAUAGCUGGAUGAAAACGACUUUGCUUCCAUUUGGAUACACGCGAAAAAGUAGCAUCAGUUCCUAAUUAAUUCGACGGUCUAGGUUUGUCUAGUUUUUAUUUCUUAAUUAAUAAUACGCAAGUGUAAUAAAUUUGUUGAAGGUUAAAA